UAUACGUAUUAUAUUGUUAAAGAAAUAACACGCUAGGUCGUAUAACAAACAAUUUACUUUAUCGUUAUUCGGAAAUAAAAUUUAGAUGUUGCGCAAGUAUUUGCCUGAAAUAUUCUUGAUAUUUACUGUAAUAUGUAAUAGUGUAGUAAGAACUAAAGAAGCAAAUAUUAAACUUCUAUCUGAUGAUAGUGAUAAUAUUUCGUUAGUAAAUAAAGCAUUGUACGAUUUAAUCAACAAUUAUGAUAAAAUACUAAAAAUCUUCAAGUCUAAAGAAGAUACAAUACGAAACGAUUCUGUAACUUUAAAGAGUAAUGACGACCCCAAUGUUUCAUCUUAUGAAAAACAAAACGAAACGCAGAAGAACAGGUUACUUAAAAAAGUUGAUAAUAUCAGGGCAAGUACAUUUCGACCAGUGACAGCGCUUAUAUAUGAAAGUGAAUGGUUUGAUGAUGAUGUAAUUAAAAAAAAUAAACCAAAAAAAUCGAUCGGUAAUUCAAAUAAUAAAAAUAUUUCUUUAGAAUAUGCUAAAGACGAUACUGAUAAUGAUUCAUCUGAAUAUAAUGAAUCAGAAGAUAUACAAGUAAUACCUAUUGAUAUGCCUGCGAAAAUAGACUCGAAAGGAAACAAAAUCACUAUAAAGAAUAACAAGAAAUCCAUGAAAAAUAAAAAGCCUAAAGUAUUUCAAAAUAUUUUAGGUGAAAAAACUAGGUUCAGUAUACAACGUCUUAGUUCUCGUCAAACGAAUAAAAAUUAUAGCAAUCCACAAAUAAAUUUUAGAGCACCAUUAAAUAUAGCAGAUAACGGUAGGAGAAUAAAGAGGAUAGUAUAUUCAGAAACGUUUUCUCCAAAUAAUAUUUGGCAAGAAAUUAUUAGUAGACCCAUAAAACUGAACAAUAAUGAAGAUCCAUUUUUCAAAUCUCAAAGACCAAGAAGAGAAAAAAACGAUAAAAUAACAAUCGUCAUUUUGACAAAAGAAGAAAUGGAUGAUAAAAAUACUUUCGAAGAAUCAGCUAAGCAAGACGUAGAUGAAAAACUGGCACUAUCAAACGAACAUAAAUUCAAAAACCGCGAACCAAUUUUGUUGCGAAAUACAUAUGGAGAUACGUGUUUACUGGUUCCUAUUAAAAAAUGCAAUAGAGCCGUGAAAGCAGUAAACAAGAAAGUUUGCAAGGUACGAUUUAAAUGCAAGUCCGAUUUCAAAGCCAAGUUUAUAAAAAAUGGAAAAAUCGGAUGCAAGAAACAUUUCGCAGUUAGCAAAAGAAUUAACGAUGACAAAAUUAAAAAAAGUGACGAGAAAGUUCAUCCGUUACAUUUACGAAAAUACAAAUACAAUGACAGUUCUAUUGGUGUUACAAAGGAUAUAUUACCAGACAAUAAUUAUGAUUUCAUAAUUUAUUCAAACAAUAAAACCGUUGUUUCAAUUACUUCACCGAAAUCCUCAUUACGUGAUAAAUAUGAAAGAGAGUGCCAAAAAAAUUCCAGAAUGAAAUGUAUACUAGCAUGUAAUGACGCUGCAACGGAAACAUGUUCGGAAAAUUCUUGCGAGAAAAAUAAAAAGAAAGCUUUUAAAAAAUCUUGUAAAGAGGAAUGUAAGAAUAUAUUUAUUGUCAAUAAAGGCAAAGAUUCAGAUAAAGAUUCUAGUGACAGCGAUAAUAGCGACAGCAGCGAUUCUGGUAGCGGCUCAUGAAACAUUUAUUAACAGUAAUUUCAUUAUAGCAACAAAAACUAUAGCAAAAAACACAAAUAUUGGUACAUAAGAGAACCAAAAGCUCCUUAAAUCUCUUAAUAUAAUAGAAAAUGUAAUUGUAAAAGUUAAGAAUGAAUAUAGAGCGUUUUCAGUCUUAUAAUAAUUAGUUUUAAUUGCAAAACUUAUAAACGGAAUAAAUGAAAUGCAACCAAUCGUAAAAUCAAUCUUGUUUUAUUGUGUUCUGAAGCAAAAUGAAAUGAAAUUGUCUAAAUUUUAUUAUUGUUUUCUGUUAAUAUUUAUUUUUUCUUUGAUAAAAUGUGAAGCAAAAAAGAGCUUUCUUAUUUUAAAAAUAGAUCGAAAUGAAUGGAAGAAAGAUCAAGGACACAACAUACUGCGAGACAAAUAUAGCGAUGCCUGUAUUAAAGUAGCUAUAAGAAAAUGUUUCAAG